CGGCGUCGGGCGCGCUGCUGGGCUGUGCGGCCGUCGCUGCCUGGCACGCGGGGCGCGCCUUGACCCUUCCUGCACGGCAGGCUUCCGACGCGCGCUGGGGCGUCCCGAAGGCCGCGGCCGCGCGGGUGGAUGCUCGCUCUGACCCGACCCGGCUCUGCCUGAGCAGCGGCAGCUCCCGAAGACGCGUCCCGGGCGUGGGCCGAGGACUGUGCGGGCCGCCGGCCCCUCUGCACCGAGCGGCGGUUUGUAUUGAAGUAAGCAUCAUGACAAACUGCUGAACCGAAAGCCUUGAUAGACUGUCUAGGGUCAACAAACACCUUUACCCUCUCAGCCAUCUCUCUGGCCCAGGGUUUCAUGUAGCUCACACUGCUCUGGAACUUGUUGUCAUCUAAGGUUGGCCUUUAAUUAUUGCUCUUCCUACCUCUACAUUCUUAGGAUAUUUUAAAGGAUUGUUGAAGACGCAAUUUUUUAUUUUUGUAUGUUUUUUAAUGGCUAUGCAGAAUAUUAAAUAGAAUAAAGUUUGACAUGACGGCAAAAAGUGUUGGUUUGACAUCCACAAGUGCAGAACUGAGGGGCUUUAUAGAUCAGAAUUUCAGUCCAACAAAAGGUAACAUUUCACUUGUGGCAUUUCCAGUUUCCGGCACCAACUCACCAACAAAGAUUUUACCGAAAACUUUAGGGCCAAUAAAUGUGAAUGUUGGACCCCAAAUGAUUAUAAGCACACCACAGAGAAUUACCAAUUCAGGAAGUGUUCUGAUUGGAAGUCCAUAUCCCUCUGCACCAGCAAUGGUCACUCAGACACACAUAGCUGAGGCGGCCGGCUGGGUUCCCAGUGAUAGAAAACGAGCUAGAGAAUUUAUAGACUCAGAUUUUUCAGAAAGUAAACGAAGCAAAAAAGGUGAUAAAAAUGGGAAAGGCUUGAGGCAUUUUUCAAUGAAAGUAUGUGAGAAAGUUCAGCGAAAAGGCACAACAUCAUACAAUGAAGUGGCCGAUGAGCUGGUGUCUGAGUUUACCAAUUCAAGUAACCAUCUGGCCGCUGAUUCGCAGGCCUAUGAUCAGAAGAACAUUAGACGAAGAGUUUAUGAUGCUUUAAAUGUGCUAAUGGCAAUGAACAUAAUUUCAAAGGAAAAAAAGGAAAUCAAGUGGAUUGGCUUGCCUACCAAUUCUGCUCAGGAAUGUCAAAACCUGGAGAUAGAGAAGCAGAGGCGGAUAGAACGGAUAAAACAGAAGCGGGCCCAGCUACAAGAACUUCUCCUUCAGCAAAUUGCUUUUAAAAACCUGGUACAGAGAAAUCGACAAAAUGAACAACAAAACCAGGGCCCUCCAGCUCUGAAUUCCACCAUUCAGCUGCCAUUUAUAAUCAUUAAUACAAGCAGGAAAACAGUCAUAGACUGCAGCAUCUCCAGUGACAAAUUUGAAUACCUUUUUAAUUUUGAUAACACCUUUGAGAUCCAUGAUGACAUAGAAGUACUGAAGCGGAUGGGAAUGUCCUUUGGUCUGGAGUUAGGCAAAUGCUCUCUGGAAAACCUGAAAAUUGCCAAGUCGCUGGUUCCGAAGGCUUUGGAAGGCUAUAUCACAGAUAUCUCUACAGGACCUUCUUGGUUAAAUCAGGGACUCCUUUUGAACUCUACCCAAUCAGUUUCAAAUCUAGACCUGACCACUAAUGCCACCAUGCCCCAGUCAAGUGUAAGCCAAGGCUUGUGCUUGGAUGCUGAAGUGGCCUUAGCAACCGGGCAGUUCCCUGCCCCAGACAGUCACCAGUCCAGCAGUGCGGCCUCUCACUGCUCCGAGUCCCGUGGCGAGACCCCCUGUUCAUUCAACGAGGAAGAUGAGGAAGAUGAGGAGGAAGAUUCCUCCUCCCCAGAAUAAAGACAGGAGAAAACUCAUGUUUUAAUAUUGAUGCUCAUGUGUGUCUUUAGUGUGAGCUCUUGUGUUUUGAAAUGAUUGCUUCCGUCUUUGCCUUUGUUUGCAUUUGUGUUUAGUGAGAACUAGAGAAACACAAUAAGCAAAGUCCAUGAAGGCCGAGAUGAUUGAAAUGAAAGUUAACCUAGCGUGGAUGAAAACUGAGCAGCACAGCAGUGGCUUCAUUGCCAACAAAGCAUGCUUUCUGCAGAGAGAACGGCAGUGAAUGAAGUUUGUUUUCAGGGAGGUGGGUUUGAAGACCCCACAGUGUGGGAGCAUUUAGACUUGAGAUUGCUGCCGGGAACAGUACGCAGUGAUGGUGUUCUCUCCCUUGUUGGGCUGUCUUACAUAGGCAGGAGUGAUCUUGAAUGUCCCAGUGGGUGUAAGGUGAGGGAUGUAGAUUGCAGUCCUUGUGGCCUGGGGAGCGCAGAUGAACUGCUGAGCUAGUCGGAAGUCUAGCUGAGGUGUUUCAUGCAUCUGCUGCCUUAGCUUCUAGAAGGGAGAGAGCGCUAACUAACUUUUAAGUACCUAGAUGACGUUUAGAAUCAUUUACGGUAAACUGAAGUGACCGUUUGUCAAUGCAUUGGUGCAUAGGAGUUUCUAGGGCUCCUUCUGGAAGCCAAAAUAGAAUAGCAUUUCCAUGUGCAUUACAAACCUCGCCAGCACUGCCUUUUGCCAGCAUUCUAAAUUUGGAGUUUUACUGAGAGGGAAACUGUAUUUAUAGUUUUAAUCAAAGCUAUGCAUUUCAUACAGCUUUUUAAUUCACAAUGAAACAAAGAAGCAAAUUCUUUGACCAAAUUGCUUGUCUAUAGCUGUCUGCAGUACUGUAUGAUUUUACCCAUGUGCAAUUUGUGAAAAUGAACCAAAUGUCAUUACUUUUGUCUUUAUUUCAAGAAUAUGAACAUCAUUGUUCUCUUAUACAUGUUAUCUUUUUCAUAUUUUAAUUAUCAAAAUGACCUUAUCAGAUUUAUUCCUGGGUAAAUUGCAUUUCAAACUAACUCAAUAUUCAGUGUUUUUGUUAAAACCUUGAACACUCCAGUUGACUGCAUCCAUGCUAGCGUGAUGUGUCAUAUGUGGUUUCAAAGCCAAAGAUGCCAUGAGACUACUACAGUAUGUCUGUGAUUUCUGCUCCUCUCAGUAGGGGAGCGGCGGGUAUCCACUGCCAAGCCAAACCCAACUUAUCAACACAUAAGACCUUGAAGCGGGGAGGGGAGGGAAUGGUAGGAGAAUCCAUCUGAAACCAGCUCUAGUCACAUGGGUUUGUCUGAUCCUGUGUCUCUGGCUUCUGUGGGUCCCGCACCAGGUGCAAUCUCAAAUGCUGCUCUUUUCAGUCCUGUGCAGGAAGCUUGAGCUUUUUUUUUAAGGAAACGCUUUGGUUGCCUUACAUGUUCUGAGGUCAUUAACCCUGAUAGGAGUGCACAGGUCCAGCUCAGAUGCCUUUGAGAGGAAACUCUGUGUCAGAAGGAAGCUGUAGUACAAGCCCGAGGUUCAAGGGGCACAAAGGUCCUGUCCUGUUUCAGAGUUUUGUGUUGGCAUGAGUUCUAGAACAUACAUCUUAGGCUGUCAGAACAAAGUGAUCCAGAAUGCAACAGGGGCUACCUCCUUUUAUCACUACCAUGUCUGUCUAUACUUAAGGGAGCCUAGCAGAGACCUGGAGAGGUCAAAGGUAACAGUUGCUUUUUUAAUCUUCAAAAUAUUGAGCUACUGGGGUCCUAAGAUGUUUCAGAACUUAAAGCAAAUGCAUGCAUUACACCCUUUACCAGGCAGCAUAAUCGUUGCAAGAGUUCUCAAGGAACUUUCCAGUUUAUCUCAUCCCUGCUGCUGUAUGCUUUACAUUGACAGAACACGGGCUUUAAAAGGGCAAUCCUGCUGGGCAUGUUGUAUGUCUCUAACGCCAGCAUUUGGGAAAUGGAGGCAGAAAGGUUAGGACUUAAAUGUCAACCUUGGCUACAUACUGAGUUCAAGGCCAGUCUGGGCUACAAGAGAUCCUUGUCUGGAGUGGGACAACCAAAGAUUCAGUCUUCUCAGUCUUUGUGUGCCCCACCUUUGGCCAUCCUAGCUACCACUGUGUUGUCAAGAGUGGUCCUGUACCUCUGUUAUGUACGUCUGAGGACAUCUGAGAUCGUACCGCUGUGGUCAUCAGUUGCUGCUGGUGUGACACUUUACCUGGGGAAAAAGUAGGCUGAACCGAGAGUAGUAACACUUACUUGUAAUCCUACAUAGGCAAAAGGGUCCCCAGAGGUUUGAAGCCAGCUAGGGCUACAAAAUGAGAUCAUGUUGGGGGGAAGAAAAAAGGGAAGAGCCUAAAUUGAGAUGUUGAAAAGGAUGAACUCUGGUCUUCAUUAUCUCCCCUAAACAUAUCCCUCUGGGUCCAAUAACACCAAAUCAUAAUGCCGGAAUCAAAAUGGAAGGGAAAAGUUAAAUUGUGGUCACAGCAUCUGGCUUCUUUGUGGGAGGGAUACACAGGUUCCUUGCACCUAAAGGUGCUGGGCACACUGCUUAUGUGUUCAAGAGACUUUCCCUCUUGAGGUCCCAUUUCUCAAGUGUAUAGCAGCACUGUGGUCAGUCCUCACUCUUCUGAUCACAUGGGCAGCUGGCUCUGGGCCUGCACACUCCCAGAAGAACAGUUUCACCAGGCUACACAGCUGCUCAGGCCCUCAGUGCUUAGCAGGCUCCCCUUCACCUAUCCCCUGCGGAAGUCUGUCUGUUCAGUGUUUGCAUUGUGCCUUACAUAGGAAGAAAGGGACUCAACAGAAUCCUACUCCGUCUUAAACAGUCCCCCAGAAAAUGGGCUCAUGGCCAACGUGUUCUGCAUCUUUCUUAUUUCAUUCUUUUGAAGAAGUGGUAGGGAGAAAAAUCUGCCAUUUUGCCAGAAUGCAUGAGGAUAACUCCUAUUAGCAAAAUUUAUAAUUAAGGCAGUAGCAGUACUGUAUCAUUUUUGGAAGACAAUCCCCAACUGUCCUCAGAAUAUCCCUAUCAGAUAAUCCAGAUGAAGAAAUGGCCCACUGUAUCCCUGCAUAGCUUCCUAAUUCUGCUUUCUAAAUCUAAACCAACUUCUUGUCAGAAACAGCAGAGCUGUUACAAGUACAGUGUGAUUUAUGCCCUGAGACAGCCUAAACAGAGGGGUGUGUGUGUGUGUGUCAGACAGACAGACAGACAGAAUAAGCAGAUGACAGGCAGGAAUGGCCUCAGCUGCUUGUGCUGUAACCACACCAGAGCAGGAAGCCUGGUCAGUUUUAUAAGCUCACUUCCCAACAAAAUGGACUUCCUUAUUCACUAAAUCUGCUGCAGAAGGCUUUGAAAUUUUCCUCCUUAGUGGUAAGCAUUGGGCAGGGUUUGUUUUGCGGGGAGGGUGUUAAAAUAUCAAAUUUAGCUGGCUGUAGUAUGGACAGGCCAAGUGAGGACUGAAGCAAAACCACAAAGUUCUCAGUCAGCCUCAUGACCUUGAACCUACACUGCAGGCCAGUGAUCUGAGAUGGAGAAUGUACAUGUAUUAAGUUGCAGAUACAUAAAGAUGUGGAUUGUGAACUGAACACAUGGAAAACGAUCCUCAUGAUGCAUAUGGACUGGCUUUGGUGAAAUACGGACUAGAUACCUAAGACCCAGCUUCCCAAUGGGGUGUCCCAUUUCUCUGCUCCUUGGGCAAUUGCCUCCAAGCACUCAUGCUCAUUAAUACAUAGUUUUUGAAGACUAACAUGCAUGUCACCUAAGUGAUCCUCAGAACGUGCCUUCCAGCUCACUAAUUCGGUUCACCUAUGUCUUGUUAACCUAUACUUGAGCCAAACACUAAAGGGGGAGCCUAAUGUGACAAUUCUUCCUGUAAUCUUUUUAUUGCUAAAAAGCCUUUAUUAAUUAUAAUAAGCCUCAGGAAGUAGCCUCAUACAUACUAGCAAAAUACCUGAAGUUACAGUUAGUUUGUAGGAUCCAGUCUUCCCGCAUUCAUCUAUGUUCACAAUGUACUAAGGGGGGGGGAGGGGAAAUAAGGACAAAACUUUGGCAUGUCAUGUUUCCUAGGAGUCCCUGACAGGUGCCAGCACUGACCUGGUAGGUGGCCACUCCUCGUGGUGUUGAGUCAGGAGGAAAGCUCCCGGUUUUUAUAUUAAACACACACACACACACACACACACACACACACACACACACACACACACACCCCUAUAGAACCAGUGCCUUGGUCUCUUAUCCUAGCAGAGUGGAUCUUAGUCUUCCCUGCUUAGAAAGCUACUUAGACGCCAUUGCAGUGGAGAGUCCGGGUUUGUGUCUUCUCUACUAGGGUCUCAGAAAGGGAGACGGCAUCCCUGGGGACCCACUCACUCAGAGACGGAAGUGUGCAGAGCUUCAUGGCCCAGUGUCCCUUAGCCUCUGUAGCAGUCUGGUCCAGUCGGUCACUUCCCUCAGGGUAUCGUCACCUACUGUAAAGCACACCUUCACCAGGCGCCAUUCAGACAACUCCAGUCUUGCCAAAUGCCAAGAGAUUCUGAGGAACCUGAGGGAUCUCUUCUCCCAAGCGCUAUCAUGCACUGUCAGCUUGGGGCCUCUCAGGACUCUAGGUGCAGAUGGUCACAGUCACAAGAGACCCUCCCCAGGCCAGGGCCAUUUCUUCUGGACAUUGGUAGGGGCUUGAGAGGUGGAGUUGCCAUCUGGGCCAUAGUGGCUUGUUUCCAACCAAAUUAUUUGGACUUUUCAGAAGCCGUCACUUUGCCAUGCUUGACUUCAAACCCAACUGCUCCUCCUCAGACAUCGUCCGAAUAUAAAAAGUGUUCUAGUUUUGCAUGUCCACACUCCUCAGGUCAGUUUUGUUUUGUCAUACUUACGUAUCUCCAGUGAUCCAGCUACUUCUCUAGGAAAGUGGCUUCUCCGCAGUGUGCUGUUCUGUGUUCCACUAGUACUAGGACAACAUUCUGAGAAAGGGGACCAGUCCUCCACCUGCUCUGGUUGUUAGCCUGAGUUCUGGGACACCCGCCCCCCCCCCCCCCAUCAGUGCUGUAAAGCAGCUGGGUGCCCUGUUUACCCUGCCACACUUUACCUGGACAGCAGGGAGGAGAUGGCCUACAUCACCCAGUGGCUCUUUUUCCAUUUGGAGACGCUUCGCUCUGCUCAUGUGCUGCUCGCCACUGUCUCCAGAAAAGUGUGACUUUGCUAUUUUUCUGCAUGAAGCAGACGCUGGUGUCAUGCCCUAAGUAGUUAAGAAGAAAAUGCAAACCACAUCUCGGCUGCCUAUUAGAGACUUUCCUUCCUAGAUUGAGUACACAGGCUAAUAUAUUAUUUUGUAGUAUCUCAAACUUUGCAUAAAUACUAUUAUUUUUGUAUGGAAUUUUUUAUAGAAGAGCUAUUUCUGUAUACUUAUUUCUGUGUUUUUUGAAAUGCCUUCCAGUAGGUAACCAACAAGUCUUAAGCAGUGUUCCUCUGUGGGUGGCUCAGGGACCGCCUACCCAGAAGAGACAGGGAAUUUCAAUUUAAAAUUUAAAUCACUCCCUGCACACACUCCAGACAGAAGCUCAGGGUGUGCCUAGGAAGCAUUAGUUUUAAUAAGCUCUGAGUGAUUUUUUUCAUCAAUUCACACAUCUUUGUCCAUAAUGUAAAAGAAGAAACAUCUGAAAUGAAUAUGUUGAGCUUGAGAAAAAUUGUAUCAUACUAUUCUGUGAUUUGAGAUACAGAAAAAUAAAUAAUUUGAAAUGA